AUGGCGAAUCCUCUCCCGGCCUCGACGCUGCAUGAGGCGACAACAUCAGAGACACCCUUGCCGCCAAUACCGCCAUCCAAAUCCAACGAUCUGUCGCACGAUGUCGCCCUUCAGAUCGAUCACAUCCUGUCACCAGACAAGCAGCAACAGUCCAACGGGGCCAGUGCGCUGCCUCCCUUCAGCCUGGCCGAACGAUCUUCUCUCGAAUCGCAGUUGGACCAGCUCCUCACCUCGUCCACAGCGCAGGACGAACCAAUCAGCCUUGUUUCCAUCGAUCGGGUGCAGGCUGUGCUUCGACUUCAGAUUCGAGCAUGUCGACAACAGAUCACCGCGCUCACAGCCGAGCUCGAGACUGAGAUCGACACCAACCGCAUGACCCAGGUGCAGCAGGCCAUCGCAGCGCUGCUCGAGCAACUCCACCUCAUCAGGGAGAAAGCGCGCGAGUCUGAAAACGUCGUCAAGGAGAUUACUCGCGAUAUCCGAAGCCUCGACAUCGCCAAACGCAACGUCGUCUCCAGCAUGACCGCGCUCAAACGCCUCCAGAUGCUCGUCAACGGUGUCGACCAACUCCAGCGCCUCGCAGAAACCAAACGCUACAGGGAAGCCGCAUCUGCUCUCCAGGCUGUCAGAUCGCUGCUCGACUUUUUCCAGUCCUAUCGCGGCGUCGAGCGCAUCGCCUCUGCGUGGAAGCAGGUCAACGAUCUGCAGAACGGUCUGCGCACUACCAUCAUGAAGGACUACGAAACCUUCUUCUUGCACGAUCCCAAUCGCGCGGUUCGAUCCACCAACCUGCCAGAGUCUGCUCUCGUCAUCGACGCCAUCGGUCCGGAAGCAAAGACGGCGCUCAUCGACUGGUAUUGCUCGCUCCAGCUGCGCGAGUAUCGCCGCAUCUUUCGCGCGACUGAUGAGGCAGGCCAGUUGGACAACGUGUCGAGGCGUUUUGCGUGGUUCAGGAGGAUCCUCAAGGUUCAUGAGGAGGAACAUGCACCUGCCUUUCCCGAACAGUGGAAAGCGGAGAGGUGGCUCAUUCGCAAGUUUGCCGAUGUCACAAAGGAGGACCUGCGAAGUGUGCUCAUCCGCGAGCAGUCUCGACUCAACGUAUCGACUCUUAUGGAAGCGCUCAAUGCGACGCUCGAGUUUGAAGCUGCUAUGAGCCGGCGCUACAACACGUCGUUCGAGGAGCUGAUUGCGCCACCUACUACUGCAAGCAACACUGCUGCGCAAUCCCAGCAGCCGCAGCAACGUCCGGAGCAGCCGCAAGUCCAGACACUCUCCGCAGUCUUCGACCCGUACCUCGGCGUCUUCGUCGAGGCCCAGGAUCGAGCGCUCUCCGAGAUGUUUGUCCAGUAUCGACGACAGGGUGCGCGCAUUUCGCAAGACGCAGACCAUCAGGCCAUCGCAGGAUUCGGUGCCGAUACUGCCUUUGAUGCUUCGGCGGGGAUCGAUGGUGCCACGUCCAACUCGAACGGAGGCACCACUGUGCUUCCCUCUUCGACCGAGCUCUUCUACUUUUACCGUCAGACGCUCGAGCAGUGUGCACGCUUGUCCAAUCGAGAACCUCUGCGCGACCUGUACGAGGUGUACCGCAAGUGGCUGCGCGUCUACGCCGAAGAAGUGCUGCGCCAUUCGCUGAUACGAACCGAACCGACACGUCGGUCGAUCGACGUUCGACCCAACAUCUCCGAGAUCCAGAAGUGGUGUUUGGUGCUCAACACCGCCGAUUACUGCGCCAGCACGUCGAGUCAGCUCGAGGAGAAGCUGCGAGAAAAGAUUCAUCCUGAGUUCAGGGGCAGCAUCAAUCUGGACGAGGAGCGCGAGAUCUUUACCACGUUGGUAUCGUAUGCAGUCCAGACGCUGGCGAGGGAGCUCGAGCUGUGCUCGGAACCGAUAUGGAACUCGAUGCUGCGACCGGUGGUUGCGUGGAGCCAGGUGCAACCGAGAUCGGGUCCGACGACGGCGAGCAAGUCGCAGUACGUGAUGGAUAUGGCCAGUCUGCUGGAGCAGAUCGGCGUGGUUGUGAGGCAGGAUGUGGAGAACAAGAGGUACGUGCGUAGCUGGUGCGACAAGGUGGUGGGUGUGUUGGCGACGAGGUUCCUGCAAGGGUUGGUGAGGUUGCGGCCGUUGACGCAGGGGAUGGCGGAGCAGCUGUUGGUGGAUGUAGGGGAGUUGAGGAAGAGUUUGAUCGAGCUGCCGAGGUAUCCGGUGGACGAUUUGGCGGAUUCUAGCAAGACUGCGACCGAGGCGAGUCUUUCGCAUUGGACACCUGCGCCUUCGGCGGAGCAGACCGCCUUGUCGACGCAGGCGGCUUCGUACGUGCGCUACGUGCAUCGGCUCACGGAUCGCAUCGAAACACUGCUGCGAGUCAUCCUUGCACCGUUGGAGGUGGACCGAUCUGCGUCGAAUUUCAACGACGAUACGGCCAGGAUGGAUCUGAUCGAAUCGUACAUCAAGCUGGUCGGCGAUCGAUCGUUUUCCAACUUUUCCAAGGUGCUCGAUCUCAAAGGAGUGCGCAAGGUGGAUCAGAACAACCUGCUGGAUCGCUUCAUCCAAGUGACGGGUGUCGACGAUGGCGCGGCUGGCGAAGGUGCGCAGCUGAAGGAUCAGAGUUUCCUGACGCAGCUCGAUAUGGAUCCUUCGGGACAACCUGUUCUGUCUUCGCCGUUCAGCGCCUCGACGCCGUCGUUUUUGGACGGGAACGCGAGGAGGGACAGCGGGGUGAAUACGAGGUCGGCGAGUCUGUUCGCCGUGGACAGCUUGAAGAGUCCGACCAUUGGUGCGGGUGGAUUUGAGGGGAGUGCGGGGACAGGGGCGGGAGGAAGGGCGUUCAGUGAUCUGAGAAAGUUUGGCAACUUCUUCGGGGCUGCAUUGGGUCGGAAGGAUGGUAGCAAGCAGUGA